CACCCCUUCCUCUCCGACCUGCCUUCUUCCCUGCCUCGGUCGUCCCUGCCCGCCCUGCCCGCUGUGGCUCCUCGGUCCAGCCAGCCCAGGGACUGCGUGCUGGUGCCCACCCUCCGUGUCUCCAGGCAUGGGCUGCCCGGAGCGCUGUGGGCUGGGGGCAGCACUCUGAGGCUGGACCUCUGCAAGGAUGAGGGCUGCUGGACGAGCCCUGGGCCAGCUCCUGCGCCUGCGGUGGUAGCUCGUGGCUCCUGGCUCUCAUACUUUGUCCCCUUUCCCCUUACCUCACAUUGGCUUUCUGAAAGGGGGCCUUGGCGAAUUCUGUCAUGGUAAUUUAAGGAACCUCGCUUACAAGUCCCCACUCACCGUUCCCCACUGACGGGAAGGCUUGGACUCCAAGAUGAUUAUAAAGGAGUACCGGAUCCCUCUGCCGAUGACCGUGGAGGAGUACCGCAUCGCCCAGCUGUACAUGAUUCAGAAGAAGAGCCGCAACGAGACCUACGGUGAGGGCAGCGGUGUGGAGAUCCUGGAAAACCGGCCCUACACGGAUGGGCCGGGUGGCUCCGGGCAGUACACACACAAAGUGUACCACGUGGGCAUGCACAUCCCUGGCUGGUUCCGCUCCAUCCUGCCCAAGGCAGCCCUGCGAGUGGUGGAGGAGUCCUGGAAUGCCUACCCCUACACCCGAACCAGGUUCACCUGCCCUUUUGUGGAGAAGUUCUCCAUCGACAUCGAAACCUUUUAUAAAACCGAUGCCGGGGACAGCCCCGAUGUGUUCAGCCUGUCUCCCGUGGAGAAGAGCCAGCUGACAACAGACAUUAUCGACAUCGUCAAGGAUCCUGUGCCCCCCCACGAGUAUAAGACAGAAGAGGACCCCCGACUGUUCCAGUCCAUCAAGACCCACCGGGGGCCCCUGUCCGACAACUGGAUCGAGGAGUACAAGAGGCGGCUCCUGCCCGUCAUGUGUGCCUACAAGCUGUGCAAGGUGGAGUUCCGCUACUGGGGCAUGCAGUCCAAGAUCGAGCGCUUCAUCCACGACACUGGCCUGCGGCGGGUGAUGGUGCGGGCCCACCGGCAGGCCUGGUGCUGGCAGGACGAAUGGCACGGGCUAAGCAUGGAGAAUAUCCGGGAGCUCGAGAGGGAGGCGCAGCUCAUGUUGUCCCGCAAGAUGGCCCAGUUCAGUGAGGACGAGGCAGGCGCGGAGCUCACAAAGGACAUAGCCGACCAAGACCAGGCAUCGGGGCCACCCCCUGAGCCCAGCAGCAGCAAUGGGGAGCCCCUGGUGGGGCGGGGGUUGAAGAAGCAGUGGUCCACAUCCUCCAAGUCCUCUCGGUCGUCCAAGCGGGGAGCCAGUCCUUCCCGCCACAGCAUCUCGGAGUGGAGGAUGCAGAGCAUUGCCAGGGACUCUGAUGAGAGCUCGGACGAUGAAUUCUUCGAUGCCCAUGAGGACCUGUCUGACUCUGAGGACAUGUUCCCCAAGGACAUCACCAAGUGGAACUCCAACGACCUCAUGGACAAAAUGGAGAGCCCAGAGCUGGAGGACACACAGGACAGUCUGUACCGGCCGAGUGGCCCCGAGUUCAGGGUGGCCUCCAGCGUGGAGCAGCUGAACAUCAUCGAGGACGAGGCCAGCCAGCCACUGGCUGUGCCGCCCUCCACGAUCCACGUGCUGCUGCUGGUGCUGCACGGAGGCACCAUUCUGGACACAGGCGCCAGUGACCCCAGUUCCAAGCAGGGCGACGCCAAUACCAUCGCCAAUGUGUUCGACACCGUCAUGCGCGUGCACUACCCCAGCGCCCUGGGCCACCUCGCUGUCCGCCUGGUGCCCUGCCCGCCCGUCUGCGCCGACGCCUUCGCCCUUGUCUCCAACCUCAGCCCCUACAGCCACGACGAGGGCUGUCUGUCCAGCAGUCAGGACCACAUUCCCCUGGCCGCCCUGCCACUGCUGGCCACCUCCUCGCCCCAGUACCAGGAGGCAGUUGCCACGGUGAUCCAGCGGGCCAACCUGGCCUAUGGGGACUUCAUCAGGUCCCAGGACGGCGUGCCCUUCAAUGGACAGGUCUGCCUGAUCGGGGACUGUGUCGGGGGUGUCCUGGCAUUCGAUGCCUUGUGCUACAGCAGCCAGCCGGUGUCCGAGAGCCAGAGCAGCAGCCGCCGGGGCAGCGUGGUCAGCGUGCAGGAUGCUGAGCUGCUGUCCCCGGGAACCCUGGUGAACACAGCUCCUGGCUCUGGCACCGGCAGUGGCGGCUCCAGCCUGGAAGGCAGCCGGCACCUGAGUCGCAGCAACAUUGACAUCCCGCACAGUGACGGCCCUGAGGACCCCAAGAGGCAGCUGCCUCGCAAGAGGAGCGACUCGUCCACCUAUGAGCUGGACACCAUCCGGCAGCACCAGGCCUUCCUCUCCAGCCUCCAUGCCAGCGUGCUGAGGAAUGAGCCCAGCUCCCGCCGCUCGAGCAGCUCCCCUGUGCUGGAUGGUGCCGCAGCCCUGGGCAGGUUUGACUUUGAGAUCGCCGACCUCUUCCUCUUCGGGUGCCCGCUGGGGCUGGUCCUGGCCUUGAGGAAAACAGUCAUUCCCUCCCUGGACGUUUUCCAGCUGCGGCCGGCCUGCCAGCAAGUCUACAACCUCUUCCACCCCGCGGACCCCUCCGCCUCGCGUCUGGAGCCACUGCUGGAGCGGCGCUUCCACGCGCUGCCACCCUUCAGCAUCCCCCGAUACCAGCGCUACCCGCUGGGGGACGGCUCCUCCACGCUGCUGGUGGAGACCAUGCAGAGAAACCCCGAGCUGGUCCUGGAGGGAGGCCCCCCGGCCCCGCUGCCCCCCGGGGACAGCUUCCUGGAGACCAGCAUCCCCGUUCCUGCACCCGCCGGGCAGGAUGGGCCCCGCCAGAGCACAGGCUGUGCUGAGUCGGACACGCUCCAGACCCACAGCGCCGUCUUCCAGGAGCACACAGCCCCCUCGUCUCCUGGCAUGGCCCCCACCAGCCGAGGCUUCCGUAGAGCUAGCGAGAUCAGCAUCGCCAGCCAGGUGUCAGGCAUGGCUGAGAGCUGCACUGCGUCCAGCAUUGCCCAGAAGGCCCCGACGCUCAGCCACACCCCCAGUGUCAGGCGCCUGUCCCUGCUGGCCCUGCCCUCCCCGGCCCCCAGCACCCCUGGCCCCAACCCCCGGGCCUGGAAGGCGAGCCCCAGCCUGGAAAGGGCUCCCUGCCUCCCCAGCCUGGACCUCGGAGACGUUGCUGCCAAGUGGUGGGGCCAGAAGCGGAUCGACUACGCCUUGUACUGCCCUGAUGCCCUCACGGCCUUUCCCACCGUGGCCCUGCCCCACCUCUUCCACGCCAGCUACUGGGAGUCCACGGACGUGGUCUCCUUCCUGCUGAGACAGGUCAUGAGACACGACAGCGCCAGCAUCCUGGACCUGGACGGCAAGGAGGUGUCAGUGUUCACGCCCUCGCAGCCCAGAGAGAAGUGGCAGCGCAAGCGGACGCACGUGAAGCUUCGGAACGUGACGGCCAACCACCGGAUCAAUGAUGCGGUAGCCAACGAGGACGGCCCACAGGUCGUGACCGGCCGGUUCAUGUAUGGGCCUCUGGACAUGGUCACCCUCACCGGAGAGAAAGUGGACGUGCACAUCAUGUUGCAGCCGCCCUCAGGCGAGUGGCUCUACCUGGACACACUGGUGACCAACAGCAGUGGGCGCGUCUCCUACACCAUCCCUGAGGCGCACCGUCUGGGCGUGGGCGUUUAUCCUGUCAAGAUGGUGGUCAGGGGCGACCACACGUUUGCCGACAGCUACAUCACCGUGCUGCCCAAGGGCACAGAGUUUGUGGUCUUCAGCAUUGAUGGCUCCUUCGCCGCCAGCGUGUCCAUCAUGGGCAGUGACCCCAAGGUUCGAGCUGGGGCAGUGGACGUGGUACGGCACUGGCAAGACCUGGGCUACCUCAUCAUCUAUGUGACGGGCCGGCCCGACAUGCAGAAGCAGCGGGUGGUGGCAUGGCUGGCCCAGCACAACUUCCCCCAUGGCGUGGUGUCUUUCUGCGACGGCCUGGUGCAUGACCCGCUGCGGCACAAGGCCAACUUCCUGAAACUGCUCAUCUCCGAGCUGCACCUGCGCGUGCACGCGGCCUACGGCUCCACAAAGGAUGUGGCCGUGUACAGCGCCAUCAGCCUGUCGCCCAUGCAGAUCUACAUCGUGGGCCGGCCCACCAAGAAGCUGCAGCAGCAGUGCCAGUUCAUCACGGAUGGCUACGCGGCCCACCUGGCCCAGCUCAAGUACAACCAUCGGGCCCGGCCGGCCCGCAACGCAGCCACCCGAAUGGCCCUGCGCAAGGGCAGUUUCGGCCUCCCCAGCCAGGGCGACUUCCUGCGCUCUCGGAACCACCUGCUCCGCACCAUCUCGGCCCAGCCCAGUGGGCCUGGACCCCGGCUUGAGCGGACACAGGGCCAGGCAGAGGGCGAGCAGCGGGGCCAGCGCAGCAUGAGCAUGGCGGCCAGCUGCUGGGGCCGGGCCAUCGCUGGCCGGCUGGAGCCAGGCACAGCUGCGGGCCCCAAGUAGGCACUGUUCAUGGGUGCUGUGGUCUCCAUGGUGCUAGGCCAGGGCACCACCCAUCUGAAGGUCCAGCCUGAGCACGAGCAUUGACAUAGCCCGGAAACCAUCCCGGUGCCCCCAGAAGACACGGGCCACGACACCCAGUGCUCCCAGCCCUGCCCCCAGGGUCUGAUGAGUCUGGCUGUUGGACCCGGUGGGACAGCAAGCAGCAUGGGGCGGCAGGGGGAUGGGGUGCUCCCCUGGCCUGGCCGCCUGGUGCAGGUGUGGGCCCCUCCGGCCCACCCUCCCGUCCCCGCCCGCGUGCCCUCCCACCUGGAGCAGCUCCAGCAGGGCUCCUGCUUCUUGUUGACUCAAGUUCUCAACUGUUCAACCUCACUGGUUUUGCACUGAUUUGUGAGAGUGGAGACCUGUUUCCAUCUCCUGAGGCUACAGACUGGGUGACACGCAUGGAGGUCAGCACUGCUGAACCAGGACCUCAGCACAGACGGUUCCAGUGCGGCAGACCCUCAUCCGAGCAGGAGAGAGGCCAUAUUUAAUUUCUGUAGCCCUGCCCCGGCCCACCCUCCACCUGCCCCGCCGGGAGUCCUGGCCAGCCACAGGCCUGGUGGCAUCUUUGGCCCCAGGGAACACAGCCUGGGUGUAAGGCCAGUGACACCCAGAGCCCAAACACCCUGGGGCUUUGGGCCUGGCCACCUCUUCUGCACCUCACCUGCCAUCGGCCAAGGCCCGCCCUCCCGCCCGCCCGCGUUUCUAGGCCUUUCUACUCAGUCUGAUUUCUAUGAGGUUUUUUUAACUGAGCGAUCCUCGGCUGCUUCCUUUUCUUAACUCUUUCAGUACAAGCGCAGCCCCUGCACAUUUUAAACACCCAGCACUGUGACGGAGUCCAGCCUGGUUCUGGGUCCCGUGGGCCCUUGCCCCAGCCCACUAGGUGGGGUUCGGUCUCCCUGCCUCACCUGACCCCCGCCAAUUCCACUGAAUUUCUACUGGGGGGUGGGGCGCACACUUAGAUUUUUUUAAUGCCAAUUCCGUUUCAACGCGAAUCUAAGAAGCCACAGCUCGCUUCAUUAGCUUAAGGGCAGGCGGCCACAGCUCCCUCCUCACUGGGCCGGGGACACGCUGUCCCCCAUUGUGCCGGGUCUGAGCCCGGGCCAGGCCUUGGCCCGAUAUCUGGUGAUGGGGCUCAGUCUCUGGGAAGCUGCCAACCCAGUCGCAGCCUCGGGGUGUGUGGCCAGCAGGGGUGCACAAGCUGGCGCUGACUCCUUGCCCGCGUGUAGAUAUGUACAGCUGGGGGCCCAUGUAAAUGUCCUGCAGAAGUGGGCCUCUGCAGAGGGAAAGCUAUUUAUUUUGUGUAGAGAAAAGUGUCUGGAGGGACAGAACCUUCAGGGUUUACCCUAUUUAAGAUGUAGCUUUUUGGUGUUGUUUCAGGCAUUACGUAUAACGCAACGAUUAUUCUAUGGACCAAGUUCCCUGGUAACUGUUGCAGUGGAAGUGCAAUAUCUGCCCCCUCCGCCCCAGUGGGCAGUGGUUGGCCCGACAAUCAUGGCCCUGGCCCAGGGACCCUGUGGCCAGCGCCACCUCCUCUUCUGGCCCCACUGCCAGUCUGGCCUCUACCUGGGUGCCCAGUCAUCUGGAGGGGUGCCUGGAGCCUCGGCAGACCCGCAAUAAAGGCUAGAGGCCUGGCCGUGGGGUCCAGUGGGCAGCGGGCAGUGGGCUGGCCUCUGCGGGGGGCAGCCCUCCCCCCGCUCUUGGCUCCCCCACCUGUCCAGCCGCCAGCCAUGCCAAGGACAACAGCAAUAGUCCCCUGGGCCUCCCCCGGGGCCCUCAGCCAUAGACGGUGAGACGGCACUCCCCCCCAGUCUCUCCUCCUCCGGGUCUGCUUCCUGCCUCCCGUAAGGUCCCUUUCGGCACAUUCUCCUCCUAAGGGAGCACAGUUUCCAGAACCAAGAGGGAGGGCAGAGUCCUUUAAAAAUACCAAAAAUGUUUACAGCGUUGGGUGCUGAGCCGCAGGGCCAGGCCUGACCAGCCGUAACCAAAGGGUGAGGCAGGCCAUGCCCACGCCACCCGCCCAGGCCUGUUAGGGUAGAAGCCUUAGCCCCUCGCGCCCGUCUCUGAUUUCUAGAGGGAUCCCAGGACACCCUGCCAGCGCCCGCUGCCUCGGCCCUCCCCUGUCCUCCCUGCUGUCUGUCUCUGGCCACGUGUGAGCAGUCUCCUGACUGUCCCUCCCAUGCUGUCCCCAUGGCAUCAGCCUGAGUGUGCCUGUAUUCAGCGUCGCUGUCUGUUACACCGAUUAAAGAAGCAGGAAGGCUUC